UUGACAACGCAUUCAGAGUACUUCUUCUGCUUUUUAAUAACUCCGUUAUGGAUCGUGGAUUUUGUUUGCCUCAAUCUGAGUGAGCAAGGAGUCUGCCGCCAUGGAGAAGAAACGCAGAAAGAAAUGAAAGCCGCACACCCAGGCUAAAGGCCUCUGCCAUGCAAACUUUAUUGAGCCUCUAGAACUAAUUUUAGUUGCCCGGCUGGACAUUGUUGAGCAAAGACACAACUCUCGGUGCUGCAACUUCGUCAUAUUACUUUCAAACCGUAUUUUAUGAACAUGAGGUUUGCACGUUUUUGGCUGCAGCUGGUAGUGAUCUUACUGUGUCUGAAGAAGCACCAAAGCUCCCAGCCGGGAAACUCCUCCCAUGAGCCUGAGUCCUGUAAUAAGUGUUCCCAUCUUACCGUUAGUGUGGAGUUCUCCUCGAUGAUUGUGAAACAUGAAUACAUUGUAGCUUUCAAUGGUUAUUUCACGGCGAAUGCACGAAGCAAGUUUAUCAGCAGUGCGUUGAGGAGCAGUGGUAUUGAGGACUGGAGGAUUGUACCACGGAACAACCCAGCCAGCGAUUACCCAAGCGACUUUGAAUUGAUUGAGAUCCGCACCGGGCACAGAGAUGGAGUGCUGACAUUAGAAGACCAUCCCAACAUCAAGCGUGUAACGCCUCAGAAACGUGUCUUCCGCUCACUCAAGUUUGCUGACAGUGAACCUGCCGCCCCGUGCAAUGAGACAAAAUGGAGUCAGAAAUGGCAGUCUUCACGUCCACUCAGAAGGACCAGCCUGUCUCUCAGCUCAGGAUUCUGGCACGCAACAGGGAGGCACUCUAGCAGACGACUUCUGAGAGCGAUCCCACGUCAAGUAGCCCAAACACUGCAGGCUGAUGUGCUGUGGCAACUGGGAUAUACAGGAAGUAACGUUAAAGUUGCCGUUUUUGACACUGGAUUAAGUGAAAAACACCCACACUUCAAAAAUGUAAAAGAACGAACUAACUGGACCAAUGAGAAGACUUUGGACGAUGGGCUUGGACAUGGGACGUUUGUGGCAGGGGUCAUUGCUAGCAUGAGAGAAUGCCAAGGAUUUGCUCCAGACUCUGAGCUCCAUAUAUAUCGGGUCUUUACCAAUAACCAGGUCUCCUAUACUUCAUGGUUCUUGGAUGCUUUUAAUUAUGCCAUCCUGAAGAAAAUUGAUGUUCUAAAUCUCAGUAUCGGGGGGCCAGACUUCAUGGAUCAUCCUUUUGUUGAUAAGGUUUGGGAGCUCACAGCCAACAAUGUGAUCAUGGUUUCUGCCAUAGGAAAUGAUGGACCACUUUAUGGAACACUUAACAACCCUGCGGACCAGAUGGAUGUCAUUGGUGUUGGGGGCAUUGACUUUGAGGAUAACAUAGCUCGAUUUUCUUCACGAGGGAUGACCACAUGGGAGCUGCCUGGUGGAUAUGGAAGAAUGAAACCUGACAUUGUCACCUAUGGUUCAGGGGUGCGUGGUUCUGGUAUGAAAGGCGGCUGUCGCUCUUUAUCUGGUACAAGCGUUGCUUCUCCUGUUGUGGCCGGAGCUGUCACACUGCUUGUUAGUACGGUUCAAAAGCGGGAGAUGGUGAACCCAGCCAGUAUGAAGCAGGCCCUCAUUGCUUCCGCUCGUAGGCUUCCUGGAGUCAAUAUGUUUGAGCAGGGACACGGCAAGCUGGAUCUUCUCCGAGCCUACCAAAUCCUCAACAGUUACAAGCCUCAGGCCAGUUUGAGCCCUGGUUAUGUUGACCUGACGGAGUGUCCGUACAUGUGGCCGUACUGUUCUCAGCCUAUUUAUUAUGGUGGCAUGCCAACCAUUGUCAACAUCACUAUUCUAAAUGGAAUGGGAGUCACUGGAAGGAUUGUGGACAAGCCAGAAUGGCAGCCAUAUCUACCACACAACGGGGACAACAUUGAACUGGCAUUCUCCUAUUCCUCAGUACUGUGGCCAUGGUCUGGCUAUUUGGCAAUCUCCAUCUCUGUAGCAAAGAAGGCAUCAUCAUGGGAAGGCAUUGCUCAGGGUCAUGUGGUGAUAACUGUAUCAUCUCCAGAGGAAAAUGGGGUAAAAAAUGGAGCCGAACAAUUUUCCACAGUCAAGCUGCCAAUUAAAGUUAAAGUAAUUCCUACUCCACCGCGUAGCAAAAGGGUUUUAUGGGAUCAGUACCACAACCUGCGAUAUCCACCUGGCUAUUUUCCUCGAGAUAACCUUCGAAUGAAGAAUGACCCCCUGGACUGGAAUGGGGACCACAUCCACACAAAUUUCCGUGACAUGUAUCAACACCUGAGGAGCAUGGGCUACUUUGUGGAGGUUCUGGGCUCACCUUUCACAUGCUUUGAUGCCAGUCAAUAUGGAACUUUAUUGGUGGUUGAUAGUGAAGAAGAGUUUUUCCCUGAGGAAAUUUCCAAGCUGCGCAGGGAUGUGAGCAAUGGCCUCUCUUUAAUCGUCUUUAGUGACUGGUACAACACAUCCGUCAUGAGGAAAGUCAAAUUCUACGAUGAAAACACCAGGCAGUGGUGGAUGCCAGACACUGGAGGAGCGAAUAUACCAGCCCUGAAUGACUUGCUGUCUGUUUGGAAUAUGGCCUUUAGUGAUGGUAUUUUUGAAGGAGAUUUUUCAAUGGCGAGUCAUGACAUGUAUUAUGCAUCAGGCAGCAGUAUUGCAAAAUUUCCAGAAGAUGGUGCUGUUCUGUCACAAACUUUAAAGGACCAAGGACUUGAAGUUUUAAAGCAGGAAACCUCGCUUGUUGAAAAUAUCCCUGUGCUAGGACUGUACCAGACUCCGACUGAAGGAGGGGGGCGAAUUGUCCUUUAUGGAGACUCCAACUGCUUGGAUGACAGCCAUCGUCAAAAAGAUUGCUUCUGGCUGCUCGAUGCCCUCCUGCAGUACACAUCCUAUGGAGUCUUACCAGCAAGUCUCAGUCACUCUGAAAACAGGCAGAAGCCACCAACCGGUGAGGGGAUCCUACAACCAGAGAGGAUGGAAGGAAAUCAUCUUUAUCGCUAUUCCAAAGUGUUGGAAGCACAUCUUGGAGAUCCCAAACCACGACCUUUACCAGCCUGCCCACAUUUAUCCUGGGCCAAACCACUGCCACUCAAUGAAACUGCUCCUAGCAACCUGUGGAAGCAUCAGAAACUGCUAUCAAUAGAUUUGGAGAAAGUGGCUCUGCCCAACAUCCGUCUGAAUCGACCCCAAGUUAGACCACUGUCACCAGGAGAGAGUGGCGCAUGGGACAUACCUGGAGGCAUAAUGCCUGGACGCUAUAACCAGGACGUGGGACAGACUAUUCCAGUCUUUGCAUUUCUUGGUGCUAUGGUAGUCCUGGCUUUCUUUGUGGUGCAAAUCAACAAAGCCAAGAGCAAGCCAAAGAGACGGAAACCCAGAGUGAAGCGACCUCAGAUCAUCCAGCAGUACCACCAACCAAAGACACCAUCUGUCUGAGCCGCCACUGGGCGCACUAUGUAUGGCCAGCUGGACUUUUAUCAACAACCUUGCAGAAACUGUGUAAAACCUGGCACCCCAAAGACAAAACUUUAACUGAUACUUUCAGGUCGCUGACCUACUGACCAAACUGGACCUUCAUAGAAACUACUCCUUUUUUAUAUUUAUUAUGUC